UUCCGGUGUAAGGGCAGGUGUAGCAAUGGAGGGUUCUGCUGCUCACUUAUUGCAGGACUUAAAGGACUUCACUGAGCGAUGCCAGAGCCGUCUGACGGAGCUGCUGCAGGAGCUGGGCUGGGAGCAGGAGGUGGCGGGUGGAGAACAGGAGACUGCUGUGUGUCCCUAUGACUCCAAUCACAGAAUGGCAAGGUCCUCUCUGGAGAAGCAUGUAGUCCUAUGCAAACGGUGGAAGAUGGGAUACAGCAAGGAGGAGGCCGACGUUCAAGACACCCAGUUUUUCUAUGAAAAAGCAAAGGUGACAUCCGUUUUCAUAGAUAAAUCGAAGCAGUCUCAGAUCAUAAAGGAUGCCAAGAAUAGUGCCCCUGCCAUAAGUGAAGAUAAGCUGUGGGACAAACGUGACUAUUCCUCUUCAGCUGCUGAAGUUCCUCUGAACCAUAAACGCACCAUUUGUGAUCUGACGGCUGCCGAACGUCUUGCUAUUUAUGAGCAUGUCCUUCUGGAGACUAAGAAGCAGAAACCUUCACAGCCGAGUGCAUCUGAUUUGUUUGAGGAUUUAACUGCCAAAAUCGGUCAAGAUGAUGAGCAGAAGUGUCCCAAGUCCCACUUGGAAAUCAUGGCAGAAAUGAGGGACUACAAAAGGAGACGCCAAUCUUACAGGGCUAAGAACGUCCACAUCACAAAGAAGUCCUAUACAGAGAUAAUGCGAGAUGUCAUUAAUGUGCAUAUGGAAGAGCUGAGCGGCAAGUGGCAUGAUGAAAUCCAUGAUGAAGCAAGCUCCUCCAUUUCUUCUUCCUCGAUGAAAAGGCGGGAGCGAUCUCGUUCUACAGAGUCCAGACAAUCUGGGGGCAGUCACAGGGACAGACAUCGAUCUGCACGGAAAAGAGAGCGCAGCAGUAGUCCACGAAGACGGCGCAGUAGAGGCAGGGACAAGGAGUCCAGGCAUGAAAAAGACAGGGAUGGAGAUACCCACCACAGCUACAAGAGGAGAAGGGGCGAGGAGUAGCUCCCGCUUGUGUUGCACACUCCAGGAUAUUUUUGUUUGGCUUCAUUAGAAGUUAUCCCUUGUUCAGCAUGUUGCUUAAUACAUUUAAAUUGAAAAGUUACAGUUUUCUAGUCAUGUGUCAAUGGUUAUUUUGCAAUAAAUUCAAUUGUAAAUUUACAAAAAUAGAGUAAUCUCGUUAUCAGGAAACUGACUUUCUUCUGCUGUUUUCUUAAGAGACUUUCUUCUGCAUCAAUAUAUAUAUUU